CUUUUCUGUUUUGUCUGAUUCGGAACCCGAUUCCGUACAUCAUUAGUAUAACCGACUGCGGUAAAUAAAAACACUGCAGCCCAUCAAAGCUAAGCAAAAACGAAGCUCGCAGGAACGUAAGCUCGCAAGCCCCCACAGGGCCACAGGUAGAUCAGCGGCGCACCACCGAAAGGAAAAAGCCAAAACAGAAAAAGGGCAGCGCCGUUUCUCUUUCUCUCCCACGCAGUCCCCGCGUCGUCUCGUCUCGCGAUGGCCGCCGCCGACUACGACCACGCGUGCCGCCCCUACGCGGCCCCAGCACCGGCACCCGCCAGCGACUACGACCGCCAGGUCGUGCCCUAUGGCGACCGCCGCAUCGACGUCGUUAUCAAGCCCCCGGCCAGGUCGCCGCCGCUGCCGGCGUCCACCAAGAGCGGCGGCGGAGGCGUGGGGUCGGCGUGGUGCUUCAGCGAUCCGGAGAUGAAGAGGCGGCGGCGGGUGGCGAGCUACAAGGCAUACUCGGUGGAGGGCAAGGCCAAGUCCUCCCUCCGCAGGGGGUUCCGCUGGAUCAAGGCUAAGUGCUCCGAGCUCAUCCAUGGCUGAGCCCGGGAUCUCGGUGGAAUUCUGUUCGGUUGGAAGAUGCAGCAACAACGUGCGAGGAAUGGAUGUUGGGUGUAUUUUGCUAAUUCUCUCCCAAAAUGUGGAAAAGAUUUGUUCAUGAGGUUGUGUAGGACACUUAUGCCCCCCUGGUUAUAGGAAAUAAUUUAACGGAGCUCUCCUGAGAUAGCAUGUUACUGCCUGCUUAUUCAAGAAUAUUUGAAGAAGAAAUGGAUCUUUAAAAAGGAAAUGCUUUCCAUGAUACCUCUAUAAUUCUUCCCUUAAGCUCGUGUGUAAUUUGAUCGCUAGUCGGGAUAAUAUAGAUAAAAGCAUGCUACCGCAGUUGCUUCCUUUCUUUCUGAAA